UUUAGUUAUGUGCCACCCUCACUAGUACAAACUGUUUUAUUUCGUUCUCAUCAGUUAGUUUUCAAAUGAUUGUUUGCCUCUUCCAACAAAAAUAUAUAAUUCAAAAUUUUAAGAAGUAGACCAUAUGUUGGAAAUGCAAUGAGGGCAGUGCAAAAGUGUAAUUACAAUAAGCCUGAGUUACUUCUAAACGUUAUAUUGAACAUAUCAAUAAUUUAUAUAUAUUAUAAUGAACUUGUAUCUGACCUCAUUGCAUUUCCAACAGGUUAUGGGCCCAGGCAACAAAGUAAAAGUUGUAAUCUGUCAAUAAGUGAAUGUUUCAUCAUUGAAUUUAUCAAUAUGAGUUCAAGUAAUGGUUUUGGAUCUUCCAUUGAAAAGCUCACUGGUCGAGAUAACUACAAUACUUGGCGGUUGGCAGUUCAAACUUAUCUCGAACAUGAAGAACUCUGGGAGUGCGUCACAGGUACAGAGAAAGAUGAAAAAAAGAUCACUAAAGCCAAAUCUAAAAUAAUUUUGCUAAUUGAUCCAAUCAAUUAUGUUCAUAUCCAAAAUGCACCGACAGCAAAGGCUGUUUGGGACAAACUGAAGGCAACUUUUGAAGAUUCAGGAUUAACAAGGAGAGUUGGAUUAUUGAGAACUUUAAUUACAACCAGACUCGAGAACUGCAAUAAUGUUGAUGAUUACGUAAACAAAGUUAUUG